AGUGCCCGGACUAAAAUUCAAGGUUCCAUCGCUGCCGUCAUAGUCAGGUUGAGCCAGGAGCUUCACGAUUUUGACGCCAGAAGCACACUGUUCUCAUUAUUUUGAUGCAAUGAAUUGAAAGAACGAAUACAAUCGCUACAAAUAAAAUUACUCGUAGCACUUCAGGUUUUACUCUACGGUACUUUCUUUUGAUGACGUAGCUGACCAAUCCUGGCAUUUUGCUUCGUACAUUUUCAGCGCGGGAAUUGUCGGCUUCAGCGAACAAAAACAAAGUCAUGGAUCCUUCCGAAGUUGAAUUCUUAGCCGAGAAAGAGUUAGUCAAAAUAAUUCCCAAUUUCAGCCUGGACAAGAUCUUUUUAAUCGGGGGAGACUUGGGACCCUUUAACCCCGGCCUGUCCGUGGAUGUUCCUCUGUGGCUGGCUCUGAACCUGAAGCAGCGACAGAAAUGUAGGAUUCUGCCUCCUGACUGGAUGGAUGUUGAGAAACUGGAAGAGAUGCGAGCGCUGGAGAGAAAGGAAGAUGCCUUCACUCCCGUUCCCAGUCUGUACUACAUGGAGAUCACCAAACUCCUACUGAACCAUGCUUCUGACAACAUUCCUAAAGCAGAUGAAAUCCGAACACUGGUCAAAGACAUCUGGGACACUCGGAUUGCCAAGCUACGCCUGUCCGCCGACAGCUUCAUCAAUCAGCAGGAGGCUCACGCCCAGCUGGACAACCUCACCCUGAUGGAGAUCAACACCACACGGGAGUUCCUUCUCGAUUCUCUGAACUUCAUGUUCAAGCUGCGCUCCAACCUGCAGCCUGGGUCCAGCAAGGGCCAGCUCACGGACUACUAAUCCAAAACAUCCACGCCUUCGUAGCCGCUUUGAGUCUUCAGACGGAGCUCAUGCCAUUAAACAGUAGUGCGUUCUUACCAACCAGGCCCUGCACCACUGGAUGGAACAUCCUAGAACCCAGUUUAACCAGUAAUGAGGGAUUUUACCUCUUUUGAUGAAGAUCUUUAUUUUAUUGCUUGCAGUUUGUGAUAAAUGCAAAUGUAAUUUAAGUCCAUUGCUGAUCGUUUGUGCUUUUAAUAUGUAACUAAAUAAAUAUACUCAUUCUUAA